UUCUCUCAACGCGAUUCAUUCCGAGCCGAGGGUGAUGGGACACCAGUCUAGUAACGCCGCCUCCCAACGGCUCGACUCCACUCUCGAUUGCUGCUGCUGAGAGCUGCUGUGCUUCUGAUGUGGUACCACGUAUGGUUUGCGAUCCGCCUUCGACACCGCGUGCUGCGGACGAGGCGCCCUCAAGCACUUUUCCGGGACCCAGUCUUCGCUCAAGCCUCGACAAAUUGCCGGCCUCGAACCUGGCCUGUAUUCGCAGCAACUCUGCAUCGACGACCAGGUCCCUGCGUGAGUGUGAGCAAUGACUCGACGAGCCAAGUCGCUGAUCGAUGCAAGUAGACGUGACCGAAGCCAGGAGUCGCACGAGGCAGAGACAGGCAAACACGAUCCUCUGGACUGCCAUCCUCAGCGUCGGGACGUCCGACCUCGUCGCAAGAGACUUGCACUCAGGUACUGCUCGAAAUAGGUCGAAAUAGGUCGAAAUAGGUGAAAAAAGCUGGGGCCGGCCAAAGGUGACGGAAAAUUCUGGAGAGAGCGACGCGUCCAGCGCAUCAAUGCGUCAAGAUGAAUGAUGGAAGCUCGGAAGGUGGUCGCGUAAUUUUCCACUACGGGUUUUGGCCUGAUCGCUGGUCCAAGUCUUCUCAAAAGAGAAGCGAAAAGCAAGGAACCUGGUCUGACUUUGAUGGGGAAGCUUGUCGGUGGCAAAAUCGAGUGGCGUCCAUGUAGGUGAAAAGACAUUGCGGGUGUCGGCCAGACUUGCCCCGAAGCGCGUCAAGGCGGUGGAUGUAAUGGCGCAAGAGCGGGAGGCGGCUGCAAUGAUGAGGGCGCACUCAAGGGCGAGGAUCAACGGCUAGAGCUGUGCGCACUGUCGCUCUCUAAUGCUCAUUGAGCCGCUUGGACGCUAUCUGGCCCUUCCUUGAGCAAUAGCUGGAGAGCCGACACUCUGGCGUUGAUUGACAAGCGCAAAUACGCGCGAUCGUUGGCGAUUUCCGCCACUUAGGUCAGCUCAGCUUGGCGCUGCCCCCUCUGGAAUUUUCGCAAGUGGAUGGCGCCGAGCGGCCAGUACAGAUCACUGCUACGAGCUACUGUAUCGGAGUGUUCUUUGCUGCCUGUGUCAAAAUCCGCAUGACCCAGACGAGCUACAUCCUGGUGCGUUGCACUGCGAAUCGACGUUGUGAGUGGAGAAGCCCAGCACGGCUUGAAUGGACUGUCUUGUACUCUGUUUACCCUCAAGGAGCUCGCCGCAAGCUGAUGGUAAGUGGCAGCUCGUCAAGGUGUCUGCGCCGGCAGUCAUGCGAUAUGGUAAGCCUCGGGAGCGUUCUCAUUGUAGAACGGCCCCAGACUGCGGUAUCCGCCGGCGCCGAGCGAGGACAGGGAACUUUCGUGAUUUGGAUCCUACACCUGCAGCUUGUUCGAGCUCUGAAUGUCAAACUUUCCCGAUCGACGCUCAGCACAAGUCUAUAGCGCCAGGUGACACCUCCUCGGAGACACACAGAUCGCAAUGGCGCCUGGAGCUUCGGAAGAGCCACAAUGGUCGUCCCACAUGUGGACCGUCGAUUCUGAAUGGCUUUCCUUAUUCACGAAUGAAGCAGCUCCUCGCUGGAGGUCAGCACAUUCGUGCAUGGUUGUCGGUCUCUGCUGGCGUGGCUCUGCACACAUUCUUUACCGCUCGUCCGGACCGUCGAAUCGGAGUUGCGCAUUGCCUGCGUCGUGGCGGCGCGUUUUUGCGACAGUCUGAAAUGAUACCGAACAGAGGUCAGCUUCUUGCUUGCUACAAGGCUAUCUUCACAAAGUCGAGCCUCAGCAGAUGCCGUGAUCAUUGCGCUCCGUCAGUCACGAGUCGUGAGUGUGCCCGAUACCCGGUACGUGAUGCCUCGUGUGUAGCCCGCACAGAUGCACAAAUGCAGAGCUGCGGACCGGCGCGAAGCGGACAUGAGCCGACCGACCUUGGCGCCUCUUGAUGCUGUGCAUGGCACCGCAGCUUCCGUCGUUCAAGCCGUCACGCAAGUGAUUGGCGAGCAUGACAGGCGAUUCGAGUCCCGCAGAUGAGGCUGGGCCGCUAGAGAGAUAGUCCUGACCACGCUACAGUAGUAGUAGUGUGAGUCAGGCCAGGGAGUUCUGUCCGGAUCGACGAGCAUGCCAGCCGGCGCAAUGACUGGAGUUGGGAGCAACUCGAUGCAGGAGUUAGCAGGAGAGGUCCCCUCGGC